AUGGAGCCGUCAGCAUUUGGAGGAGCUAUGGAAAAAUACCCGUGGUUCUGGCCUCAGUUGAGUGUGGAAGAAGCUGACGUCAUUUUAUCAGGGCAACCGGAUGGAACCUUUCUGGUUAGAGACAGUUCGGACGCUGAACAUCGAGCUAGUCUGAGUUUCAGAUCGUUUGGUACCACUCAUCACACGAGGAUUGAAAGAUUUAAUGGUAGCUACAGUUACUACAGAAACAGCCUCUCACACGGUCGAUGCCCAAAGUUGGGUCAAUUUGUCAAAAAACCACAACAACGACAAAAUGACAUCAACGGCAAGCCGUAUUAA